AGGUACCAUGCUGGGAUUUGACGGCUACAUGGAGCAGCUUCUGGAUGAGCUCACCGGGCAUGAUUCUCAUCGCCGAAUACUCCCAAUUGUUGGAAUGGGAGGCGCUGGUAAGACCACUCUUGCCAGGAAUGUCUAUGAAAAUUCACUCGUGUUAUAUCGUUUUGAUGUUCGUGCUUGGGUUACUGUGUCUCAAGAAUAUAGUGCAACUCAUAUGCUGUCACAAGCACUUUCAUGCUUUGGGCAAUCCGGGAAUAUAACUGAUGAUGAACUAGGUAUAAAGUUACAUAAGUAUUUAUUUGGUCGGAGAUAUCUGAUUGUAUUGGAUGAUAUGUGGAGUGUUAAGGCCUGGGAAGAGAUACGGAAUUCCUUCCCAGAAAAUGGUAAUGGAAGCCGAAUUAUUGUGACCACCAGGCAACAAGAAUUGGUUGAUUACUUCGGCUCCUCUUCACUCGCUGUGGGUUUUCUUGAUUAUGAAAAUAGUUGGAACCUUUUUUGCGAAGCAACAUUUGCAGAACAAAAAUGCCCUCCUCAACUCGAAGGUAUAGCAGAGAAGAUUGUCAAAAAAUGCAAAGGACUUCCACUUGCAAUCCUUGUGCUCGGGGGGCUUCUUGGAAAAGGACCAAGGACGCAAGAGCAUUGGGAGGAAAUCGCAAAAGACAAGAGCUUGGUCAUGGAAUAUUCAGAUGAUGGCGACAAACCAUACAACAUCUUGUAUAUGAGUUACAAGUACAUGCCUGUUUGGUUGAGAUCAUGCUUUCUUUACAUGGGGCUAUUCCCAGAAGACCAUCUAAUAGACGUGUCCCGUCUUAUCAAGAUGUGGGUUGCGGAGGGCUUCAUAAAACCAACUGAAAACCAGACUUUGGAACAAGUCGCUGAGAGUUACAUGAAGGAGCUUGUUGAUAGGAAUCUUCUUUUAGUUGGUAAGUCGAAUGAACACGAUAAAGUUUUAAGUUAUUGCCUUCAUGAUCUCGUACGAGAGCUGUGCAUAAAGACAGCAAACAUAGAAAACUUUUAUUGUGUCCAAAGAGACCCUCUAACUUGA